UCAUCAGUGCUCAGCAGUGCUGCCCAUCAGUGCUGCCCAUCAUGCCAUCAGUUAGUGUCACCCAUCAGUGCCACCUAUCAGUGCCCAUUAGUGCUGCCUAUCAGUGACCAUCAUUGUUGCAUAUCACUGCAGCAUCAUCAGUGCCUCCUCAUCAAUGCCCACCAGUGCAGCCUCAUCAGUUGCUGCCUAUCCAUGCCACCUCAUCAGUGCCCAUCAAUGCUGCCUAUCAGUGCCCAUCAGUGCAGCCUCAUCAACGCACAUCAG